AUGUCUGAUGAGAUGAGCUCAUUGUGCCAUGAGAUUUCUGGUGAGAUGAGCUCAUUGUGCCCUGAGAUUUCUGAUGAGAUGAGCUCAUUGUGUUUUGAGAUGUCUGAUGAGAUGAGCUCAUUGUGUUUUGAGAUGUCUGAUGAGAUGAGCUCAUUGUGCCUUGAGAUGUCUGAUGAAAAAUUAACGCAGGGCAUGCAGAGACGUGUUGAAUGUUUAACUCUGGGUUGUCACCUCACCUUGUUGCUCUUGACAGUAACCCUGAUUGGGGCCGGUUACGAUCUCCUGCCUGUGGACUUCAGUACCGUGCCCUUGGAGCUGACUGAAGAUGAAGCAUACCUGAGAGUUCAGGCCUGGAUUAACAGAGACAACGAUCCUAAUAUUCUGCCCAAGGUGAAGGUGUCUAGUCCUGUUGAUGAACGAUCCACAAACAUCGACACGAUUCAGCUCAUCUUUGAAGGCGAAAACGUGUUUAGCAAAGAAAGCUUUCAGGCCUUAAGUGAGGUGGAAAACAAACUGACCUCGACUUCUGGUUAUGCUGAUUACUGCCAGCUCACGACCGAGGGGCGGUGUAAGCGGCCCCAGUCUGUACUAAGGUUCUUUGACGGCACUCUUCCUCAUCCGGUGUUCAAUGACACUAAGUUCGAAAAUAUUGGUCUGGUUUUGCGAACCGCGAAGGCUGAUGCAAAACUCUCUGCGCUGCUGGAUUUUCAUUUGGGUAAAGAUUUCAGGAUUGAGAACGGCUCAAACAAAGUGCACGGAUCCAUCACCCGGUCCUUGUUAUUCUUCGGUUUCCCUUUGGACGGGUUCACCGACACUGAGGAUAAAGACCAGAAGCAGUGGAACAAGGUACGAGACUUUCUGGUUGAUAACCUCCGUGACCGGCUGUAUGACUUGGUGGAAAACGGUUACUCGGGAAUGGACAUUGUUUUCUACAGUAACAUGUUGUUCUCCGCGGAUGUUAGCAAACAGGUUGGCACCGACCUUCUUUUGGCUGCCGCAAGUUUAGCUUUCAUUUUCCUCGUCGUUCUUUUCCAGACGCAGUCAUUGUUCAUUUCCUCGUUGGCCCUAUUCUCUAUAUUUACGAGUUUCACUGGCGCUAAUCUUAUCUACAGAGUCAUAUUUGACUACAAAUACUUCGGGAUAUUCCACGUGCUCUCUGUAUUUAUCAUUUUAGGAAUCGGAGCAGACGAUAUAUUUGUCUUCUAUGAUACGUGGCGAGCAACGAGACACGUGGCCUACCCGUCCUUGGCGCACCGCCUGUCUGCAUGUUACCGACAGGCGGCUCUGGCUAUGUUAAUAACCUCCGUGACCACUAUGACAGCCUUUAUAGCCAACGCUUUCUCUCCUCUACUGGCUAUAUCCUCGUUCGGAUUGUUUUCAGGAAUUCUUGUGUUUGUGAACUAUGUGAGCGUUGUGUCGUUUUUCCCGUGUGUUGUUGUGGUUUAUCAUCUGUAUUGGUCAGACUGGUCAUGGCCAUGUUUCAGGAAGUGUUCACAAGUAGAGGUGAAUGCAAAAAUCACAGACAGCGCCCAGGACUUGACUCCAUCUGAAACGAUGACAAGCCGUAAAAACCCGGUGGUUCGCUUCUUUGGAGGACCAUAUUUUAAGAUUGUCACCCAUAAGAUAGCCAAGUGGUGUAUCCUCGUAGUGUGUUUUGCCACCCUUUCAUGUUUCAUUUUCUUUUCAACUAAGCUACAACCAGAUGAAGAACCCGUACGAAUUUUCAAGAGUGCUCAUAAUUACCAGAGGGCGCUAGAUAAGGCCAGCUCGAGGUUUGUACCAAGUCGAGAGGACCGGGUUGUGAAAGUGUAUUUAAUCUGGGGCCUACGGACACAGGACCGUUCGAAGUGCCAUAGGACAAACUUCUUCAACUGUAAGGGGGAGACAAUCUGGGACGACAGCUUCGAUCUUAAUCCGAAACCCGCCCAGGUUGCACUCCAGCGUUUGUGUGACAAAAUUCGGAAACUAAGUGAGAAGGAGAACGAGGCCCUGUUCAUCAGACGAAGUCCCAUCAGCGGACUCUUAGAGGUGAACUGCUUCCUGGAUGGGAUGGACAAAUUCUUACAGAAAGAAGACAGUGGUAGUCCUAUUUCGGAUUUCCGAUUGCCAGUCACAGAGAUCAGUAUGAUUAAGCUAAUGGCAGCUCAUCCGGACAUCUACAAUAUGUCCAUCCUUCCAGAUAAUUUCUACAGAUUUUUCGAGGUUGGGUUACGAUUUUGGCUUACUGACGGAUACUCCGGUAGCAUUUCCCUCGACGCCAUGGCGUAUUCCGAUCUCCUAGGAGAAUCCAUUGACCAGUUUGACACUGUCACCUUCAAGAUAAACGCAACAGAUUACAGGUAUGGCACCAGGCUACGCUAUGCCGCCGUCGUAGUGAACACUUCAUUGUCUGCAGGUAAUAUGGGCUACCAGACAGGACUUCCCAUACAAGAGGCCUGGGAAAAGUUUACCAGAGAGCAGAUGAAGAGUCUUUCCCCGACUGUGUCAAGUGGGUAUCAGUGUACACCUGAAGGCGGCAAUCAGUGGCACUGGCUCAAGGUUCAACAGACGCUUGCCCGUAAUGCUGUGCAGGGAAUCAUCAUAGGCAUCUGCCUGGCCUUCCCUAUCCUGGUAUUGGCUACUCAGAACCUGGUCUUAGGCUUCCUGGCAACCCUCACUAUCUGCUGUAUCACAGUAACAGUUGUGGGUCUGAUUCCCAUGGUGGGCUGGAAACUUGGGGUCCUGGAGUCACUGAACUUAUCCUUAGUUGUUGGUCUGGCGGUGGACUAUGUUGUGCAUUUGGCCGAAGGAUAUCACAUAUCUGCUUGUUCUGAUCGAGCCGGUCGUGUCCGGGAUAUGCUGGACCACGUGGGUGUCUCGGUAAUCUCCGGCGCCUGUACCACACUCGGAGCUUCGCUCUUCAUGCUCUUCGCCCAGAUUCUGUUUUUCAUGCAGUUUGCCAUAUUUAUGUUCAGUACCAUCGGGUUUUCAUUGCUGUAUUCCAUGUGUGUUUUUACAACCGUCAUGGCCCUGAUCGGUCCUGAAGGUAACUCUGGAUCCAUGAAACCGUUUUUCAGGAUAAUAUGGAACAAAAUCAGAGGCCGGAAGCCCGGUGAUGUAAACUGCCAGAUAUGCGCAGGUAAAGGGUUUCACAGUUCCACUGGUGUUUCAUAG